AUGCUCUCACCCCUGCCACUACGCGAGGUCUCCCCUCGCUCUAGCCUAUACGCCGAUGAUGCCAUCAUCUUCAUCAACCCCAUCCGCGAUGAGAUUGCUACUCUUCUGCGUAUCCUCUCUGAGUUUGGCCUCGCUACGGGCCUCCGCAUCAACGCCAACAAGUGCUCCAUCGCCGCAAUUAGAUGUAGCGGCAUCGACAUGGACCACGUCCUCCAGCCUUUCUCCGGCAAGCGGUCUUCUUUCCCGAUUCGCUACCUCGGUCUUCCUCUGUCCCUUGGUCGAACAGGGUUAGCUCACCUACAGCAUAUCAUUGAUCGUGCCCGUGCUCACUUCGCGGGAUGGCGUGGCAGAUGGAUCAACGCCGGCGGCCGCAGAGCGCUCUGCUCUUCUGUGCUCAGCGCCCUCCCCACUUACGCCAUGACCGCACUCAAACUUUCGAAAAAAUUCAUCGUUUCUCUGGACAAGAUCAGGCGCCGCUUCAUCUGGGGAAUAGAGGGGAAUGAUUUGGUGGGCGGCAAGUGCAAGAUUAGCUGGAAAAAAGUCCUUCUCGAGUUCGUCCAGGCAUGGUCUAUGCUCCAGCACGCCGACAUCCUCCUCCUCCCUGGCGUGCCCGACACCAUCCGCUGGACUAUCACCGUCGAUGGAUGCUACUCCGCCCGCUCUGCCUAUAGACUGCACUUCGAGGGCCACGUCCGCUCGAACCACGAGCGCAACGUCUGGCGUGAUGAUCUCGGCCAGCACCGCCAAGGGAUCAAAUCCAUGUUCAUCCUCAUCUGUUGGGCCAUAUGGCGCGAGCGCAACUCCAGGGUGUUCAACGACAAGGAAAUUUCGUUUCGCCGGAUUUGUUGUUUCAUUAAGGAUGAGGCCCGCGAGUGGGCUUUCGCGGGCGCCAAGGCCUUUAGGAAGUUACUUUGGGAACCACCUUAA